AUGAUCUCAGACUACUGCUCCAGACAUCCAGUUAAAGAGCAGCCAAUUGAAAGCUUUGCUGAAGAUUACGUCAGGUUUAUUGCUCACACGUCAGUGCCAAGUUCAUUAACUAUGUCUGACAUCGCAACUGCCACUCAGAAAGACUGUGUUAUUAUGUGCGUAAUGGACGCGUUACCAAAUAACAGUUGGCCGAAACAAUUAUGUUACCAAGAUGACAGCUUCAGGAGUUAUCAAACUGUGAGCGAAGAGCUAACUGUCGUGUCACUCGAUGAAGGAAAUGUUUUAUUGCGCGGCACGCGACUGUGCAUUCCUGAUUCGCUGCAACAAAAGGUCGUUAAGCUAGCACACGAAGGUCAUCAGGGUCCUGUUCGCUGCAAAGCACUUUUGAGAGAAACAUGUUGGUUUCCAUACAUGGAUACACGUGUAGAUGAAAUGUGUAAAAACUGCAUACCGUGCAUGUCCGCUUCUCCCUCAACAACACAAGAGCCUAUAAAACCCAGUCCGUUACCAAAACAACCUUGGGACGAAGUAUCCGUGGAUUUUUGUGGACCUUUCCCGUCAGGCGAAUAUGUCAUGGUAGUCAUAUGUGACUAUAGCAGAUAUCCUGUUGUAGAAAAACUCCAUAGUCUUUCUGCGCAAACAGUUAUUCCACAUCUCGAGAAAUUAUUCAGUUUGUUCUCUAUCCCAAGUGUCGUGAAAACUGACAAUGGAUCUCCAUUCAACAGUCAAAUCUUCUCGGACUUUGCAGAUCGUUUUGGUUUUAAACAUAGAAAAAUAACACCACUCCAUCCGAUGGCAAACGGUACAGCAGAAGCAUUUAUGAAGCCUUUAGUUAAAACCAUGAAAACCGCAUCAGCAUCAGGAAAGAACUUUAAAACUGAAAUCAGUAGUUUCCUCAUGAACUAUAGGAGUACCCCGCAUCCAAGCACAGGGCUUUCUCCAUAUGAACUCAUGUUUAACAGAAAAAUGAAAACAAAACUUCCCCAGUUUUCAGUUUUCAGAAAGGAUAAGUAUGUUAGAGAAAGAGACACUAAAGCAAAGAUGAAAAAUAAACGUUAUGCCGACAUCUGA